AUGAUCGACACCACUUCCGCUGCAGCGUGCAAUCCUGAUCCUCCACCCUCGCCGAGCCCCGUUCUGCCAGGGGCUUGGCCGCUUUCUAUCCAUCGCCGAAGUGUCACCUGUCCCUCAUCUGGACCCUCGUCUGAUCCACUUCACCUUGACCACGUCCUCGAUUUUCAGCAAAGGUUGGUUGAUAAGAUGGACACCAACACUGCGACUAGAUACUUUCCUGCCUAUGACGGGGAUGCUGUCAUAACUCCAGCCGACUCUCUGGAUUCAGAGCUCACUCGCGUUCGCACAGAUACUUCGAGAUCUAUUGCAACGGCCGCUUCCGCCAGCACGAUCUACACAACUCGCUCCUCUCCAGAGAAAGGCGUCAUAUCCAAGUCAUCCCCUAAGCUCAAGUACUCGAAUCUGCAUAACAAUUUUCCUACUAGAAUUCCUCAACCUAAGCGUAUUAUCGGUCAGGAAACUCGUGCGGUCCGGUUUCAUCGACAGAGUCUUAGUCCCGAAUCGCAACGCUCUAUCCGCUCUCAGAACGCGUCUAGUGUCUCGCCUGCCUGCUCUAUCAAUUGUUCCGUCUCGUCUUCUUCGCCUGUCUCGCCCAUGAUCUUCGCGUCACCUACAUCUUCUUCGUUUCCUCGUCCAUCAAAUCGUCAACUGCAAUCCGUCAAUGAAUCGCCUUCCUUCAGCUACAGUAGCUCUCCGUCCUGGGAGACGUCAUUUGGAAGCGACUACAACGACCGUGUCCUGCUGGAUAUCUCGCCCUGCCCUUCGCCUAUGUACUCUGCUCCACGUCAAUCAUUCGGCACCAAUCGCACCCCGUCCAUCGAGAUCUCGUCCGCGCCCAUGCUCACUUCACUUUCGUUGCCUGGGAGUGCAGAGACCAGCAUGAGUUCGGACAUGGAUGUUCUGGACAUCAGAGGAGACAUCUCGGACAGUGCUGCUUCGUUCUCUGGCAGUGAGCAAGGUAGUCCCUGGACGCUUUCUCCUUCUCCGCUUUCUCCAGCUCUCUCUUUUGGCCAUGACUUGGUGCCGGUCGAAGAAGAUCCCUUUGAGGCGCACAUCCUUGCAUUCCCUCACCCCGACUCAGUUUCACCGAUCGUCUCGCCUAUCCCAUCUUCUAUUCCUGAAAUCGAAUCCGAAAUCGAAUAUGCGGGGGACUCGAGCGCCGUUCAAUAUGCAGAAGCUGUUGUAUCGUCUGCCUGGGCUACUGAUGGGCCCUCAAUGUCACAAGUGAUCCCUUCCAGUCUUCUCUCGAUUACAGACGAGGCGGCGGCCGCCGUUCAAUCCCCAGCAUUCAGCGAAUUGGACGGGGCUCUUGCAUUGGACGAGGAGCAAUAUUCCCAGGGUCUGAGCUAUCUUCCUGCUGAAUCCAUGCCAGUCAAGUCCCGAGGCGUUGUCGGAAGAAUGAAGAAACUGGUGAAGCGCUUUUUGUGGCCGGGCAAGAGUAAACACGAGCAGUUCAAUGAAGGCGUCAACGUGAAUGUGCAAGUUGGAAGCACUCUGUCGUCACCGCCACGGCAAAUGGCUGCCCAUACAAUUUCACAUCUUCCAAACGCUCAGUUGUAUAACUGUCUUCUGCCCAGCGAUGGAACAGUGAGCCAGCUCGGGAUUCCUGUGCCCCAUCCCCCGGGUUUGGACGCGCAGAAGCCCCCAGUGGGCCCACUGUUGACUUCGUCGAGCUAUACUUCUGGUCGGGGAAUCAGUCGUGGGACUAUGGAUCCAGCUUCGCCAGAUCUGACCGCGCAUGCUCGUCCGAAGACCCUUGCGGAGAUCAAAUCGAAACGUCGACUUUCAAUGCCUGCGUUAGCCAAUCUCGCUCGGUUUCCGGCAUCUCCUGCCGAUGUUUCUCGGCAUCGACCUUCUUCGGCCCUCGCGUUCCAUCCCCGACCGCCGGCGUUGUCGACGCUGAGGGCCCAGGCGCAGCAGGCCAACAACGGGAGCUUUAUCUCUGCGCAGCGACGGGUGGAGAUUCCGAGAUCGGCUUCUUCGGCUGAUGGGGAGAAUAUCGGGUCGUACCCUCAGCCAUCGACUAGCACUGUGGAUGACAAAGCGCUGGCCGCGAAGAAGAAGAGCAACCGUCGCUUUUCCCUUUCCGCACUAUCGAGUUUUGGAUCGCGUGCUUAG